UCCGUGUCAGAUCUCGCCUCUUACCACGCCAUUAAUUUCGUGUACCAAACCCCGGCCGGAAAAUAAGGCCUCCGCCGCCGCCGCCGCCGUAAACCACGGGUAAUCGCGGACAUGGAGGGCGUGGGCGCGCGGUUGGGGCGCACCUCCGCGCGCUACGGCCCCGCGACGACUUUCACGGGCCCCGUUAGGAAGUGGCGCAAGGAGUGGGUCCCCGUCGCCGCCGCCGCCGCCGCCAGCGCCAACGCCAACGCCAACGCCAGUGCCAGCGCCAACGGAGGCGCGGCGUCCUCCACGGGCACGGGAUCCGGCGGCGGAUCCCGUGGGAAUAACCUUCUCCUGUUUAAGUGGACCCCGGUGAACGGGGCCAACGGGGGAGGAGGCGACGGGGAGCGGCAGGCGGCGGCCGAGGAGACGGCCACCAGACGCCGGCGGUAUGUGCCGGUUUCUGUAGUUGAAGAGGAAAGGCAAGAAUCUGCAAAAUCUGAUGAUGAGAAUAAAGCUAAUGAUGGAGAUCCGUCUUCAAAUGAAACUGAGCCAUCAAAUGGAAAGACUGAUAUCAAUGAUACACCUAUGGAUGAACCUCAGGCAUCAGAUGAGGAUGCUCGAGAUUCUGGCAAAAAUGGUGGUGGAACAGACUUCAAUUUGAAUUUAGGUUUGAAAGACCCGGACGGUGAUAAUGAAGGUGACACAGCAGAGCAACAUGAAGUGGCCAAGAACCUGCAGACAGAGAAUAAUAGAUUCAAGAGGAAAUCCGUAACCCCUGACCUUGAGAUGAGAAUGUGACCUGGCUGUUCCAUUUCUUUCUUGAUUACUUCACUAUUUGCCUUGUGGCAUGUAACUUAGAUACAUUAUUACUGUAGAGACAAUUCAGCAAAAUCGAUUACAGGACCUACAAUAGUGUGAAGUGUUUGAACUCGUUGCCAAACAUAUUCAAUUUAAUUUUCCAGAGAUGUCCAGAAUCGGAUAACUGGCUGUCACAA